AUGUCAAACAACAGCUUCGAUCCGGGAAUCCACCGGUUCAUGUCACCAGACACAGGCCUGGUACUCGAAUAUAUCGUCCGCCGCCCCGCUGGAGUCAGCACCGACGAAGCUCGCCGCAACUUCAUCCUGGCCCAGUGUCCUGGCUGGGGUCUCGGCUCUGGCUACCUCCAACGCGGCCUCUCCGAUCUAUGGGCACCCUCACCAGAUGGUAACUCUACCACGGAGCCAACCGUUUACACCGUCAUAUUCCUCCAUCCCCGCGGCACAGGAGGAUCCUCCCAACCCCUCUGGACCCGCAAAAUGAGCACCAUGCCAGACAUGAGUUUCGACAUCGAAGAUCUCCGCAAACACCUCGGGGUGGAACGCUUCCCCGUGAUACUAGGCCAUUCCAACGGUGGCGCAAUCGCACUCGGCUACGCAGAACUCUUCCCAGACCGAGUCCAGAAACUAAUCCUAAUCGACCACCAAAUCAUCGGCAUGCAAGACCGCAAAACAGACAAAUUACUCGCAACAAAAGAUAACCCCGCGUACCGCGGGGCAUGGGAUAACCUCGUGAACCGCCGCGCCGACACAGACGACGAACUCACGGCAUCGGUGAAUUCGAUCUGGCCUCUGUAUUUCCACGACCCUGCAAAGUACACGGAUGAACUGUUGCAUGCUAUCGGAGACCAGAAAAUGUCGGUGUGGACGUAUCGCUGGCAGGCACAUUGUGACCGGAAUCUUGCGAAUCCGACGCAGAUGGCGGAUGGUCUGAAGUAUGUGCGGGCUAAGACGCUGGUGAUCUUCGGGCAAGAAGACUUGAUCAUUGGCUUGAAGAUUGCCGUGCGUACGAUGGAGAUCUCUGGUGCGGAAAUGAUUACCUACAAGGAAUGUGGGCACUUUCCGUGGAUUGAGCAAAAGGAGUUUACUUUGAGGGAUAUCCGGCGAUUCAUUGAAGGUAGCAAGAGCAGAGCGCAGAAGGACAGCUCUACACUCAACUAA